UUAUAUUUUUAUAUACAUAUUUUUAAAGGCAGCAAAAUGGGUCUAAUGGCCAGCCAUCAGCUGAGCGUGGCAGAGCGUCAGCGGCAUCAGCUGGCCACUGGGAUGUCCAGCGAGCAGCUGCAGCAGCUGCAUAUGCGUUUCCAGGCGCUGGAUCGCCGGCAGCAGGGCUACCUGACGCCCACAGAGCUGCUGCGCAUACCGCAGCUGCUGGAGAAUCCCAUGUACCGCCAGAUUGUCGAUGGCUUCUUUGGAAACCGAGAGCGUCUGGACUUUGAGCAGUUUGUGGGCGUCUGUGCGAGAUUUAUGGUGGCGCAGUUUGAGUACGACGAUAAGCGGCAGGAGAAGCUGCGGCUGCUCAGCCACAUGUUCGAUACGAAGCGUGGGGGAGACUUGGAGCGCGAGGAUUUUAGACGCGCCAUGCGAUGUGUGGGCGUGGUCAGCGAGCAGGAGCUGCAGCUGCUGGAGCAGCAGGCAUUCGGACGUAGCGAGUACUUGACCUAUGCGGAGUUCGAGGCGCGCUUGGGGGGCGUGGAUGUGGAGCAGCGACUGGUGGUGCGCAAGUGGCUGGAGCAGGAUAAGCGAGAUGCUGGGCUGCUGCUUAAGGAUGCUGAGCCACAGCAUUGUGGGCGUGGCUCGUGAAUUGAUUCGUUUGCCGUUUUUAUUUUUUAAUAUGCCUUGCUGCUGAUUUAUUUAUGCAAUAAUUAAACUUUUCAAUGCAAAUUUCAAUACAUAUUUUACUAUUUUCCAUAAUAGUUAAACGUUCGUUUGUUAAGUUCUAUAGAUUUAAUUGUUUAAUACAUUUGUUUUGUUUGUUUAAUAUAUAUUUUGCUUGCGGUGUAAAAACUUGUUUAUAGCGAAAUUCGUGCUAAAAAAAAAAUAA